GAAUACCACGAAGAACAAUGCCUCGAAGACGUUUCAUCGAAGUUCGGUGUGAUUGAAAAUGCUCCGCUGUACAUUGAGGUGCUUGAGACCGACUCCUCAUCCUGCGGAAGUUUUCCAGGAUUCGUCCAGCACACGGUCUAUCAGGGAACGGGAGCAGAACUCAAUUCGCGGGUUGUUAUGCUUGUCGAUUGGUUUCUCACGAUCAUGGUGUUGGAUUUCGAGGAAGGAACUCUAUAUCAUGCAAAACGAUGAGCGAGUCUUAAUCUCGCAGGAUUCUACUAAACCUUAUCGAAGUACCGCAAGGGAUCCUGGACUCUUGCGCGCAGCUGUGCCGAGCCGUGGAGAGAAGAGAGACGCGUGCAGAGAUCUUUAAAGAGGUAGAACCGAGCCGAGAGAGCGCAGAGCAUGCUUGACCAGACCGUGUCCACCAGUCAGCGUAGAAACAAGACAGCAUCUCUUUUGAUUGAGAAUCCUCCAGUUGGAGCGUGAGUUUAGUCCCGGGCGCUAUAAGACGGCACAUUUCUCUCGAAUCAAUCAGGUGCGACUGAAGGCGAGCCAGAUAACAUGGGUUCGUCGCAGCUGAACGGGAAGUCUGGAGCUGAGGGGACCCCCCUGAACGGUGGCAAGAAGAACAAACAGAACUACAAAACGAUCAUGACACCUCGGUGUAUUCACGGGAAAGAAGACUGUGAGUGCGACCAGAAGGACACUGUGGCUUCAUACCAGAGCUGGAGCGAUUCAGGCUCCGACCAUUGCCACGUAGCGUUGGAAGCCUCGAGCACGAACGCAUCCGCGAAACGUAAACUCAUUGUCGCCAGCAUACUCUGUCUGGGGUUCAUGAUCGUCGAAUGCGUGGGAGGCUAUCUUGCCAGCUCGUUGGCGAUCGCCACGGACGCCGCUCACCUGCUCACCGACUUCGCAUCAUUCAUGAUAAGUCUGUUCGCUAUUUGGAUUUCACAGCGACCAGCCAGCAAACGGAUGAGCUUCGGGUGGCACCGGGCCGAAGUUAUCGGAGCUCUAACGUCUGUGCUCCUGAUUUGGGUCGUGACCGGAAUCCUUGUUUUCAUCGCCAUUGAACGUGUCCUAUACAAAGAAUAUGAGAUCGAUUCCACCGUCAUGUUGGCCACAGCUGGCGUGGGGGUGGUCGUCAACAUAAUCAUGGGAUGCGCUCUUCAUCAUGGAGGUCUCCCGCAUGGUCACUCGCACGGUGGCCAGGGUCAUGCUGAUCAUGUAGAAGAAGGACACGGUCACGGUCACGGCCUCGAUCAUGUCCACGACGCGAACGCGAACAUCAACGUUCGUGCAGCGUUGAUCCACGUCAUCGGUGAUUUUCUACAAUCUCUCGGAGUUCUCGUCGCGGCCCUCGUUAUCUACUUUUUCCCACACCUGAAAAUAGUCGAUCCGAUCUGUACUUUCGCCUUCUCGAUAAUCGUUUUAUUCACCACGAUCACGAUCUUGCGCGAGACGAUCAUGGUGCUCAUGGAAGGAAAACCGAAGGGUAUUGAUUUCCAUGAGGUGCGGGAGUUGCUCACAACGAUAUCUGGGGUCAAACACGUUCACAAUCUGCGGAUCUGGGCGCUCACGAUGGAGAAAACCGUCCUCAGCACGCAUGUCGGCAUCGAGGCGGGAAGCUCUGAUUACCAUAGGAUACAGAAAGAAUGCGUCCGAUUGUUAAGAGCGAAAUACGCUUUCCACGAAGUAACAGUACAAGUGGAAGAGUGGAAUCCGAAUAUGAUCGACUGUUCCAAGUGUAACGACAUUCCUCUAAACUAGGAGAACUACAAUUUUAUAAUUUUAAAAACAGAAACACAACGAUAAGCGGUCUGCGCUUCCCGCGUGGUGGUGAACGAGGCUUUUACUGAAUCAUCGCUCCCCCCGAGUGCCAUGACUGACCAGGUGGAUUCGAUCGACCAUCGGGAUGCUCCCACCAAGCAAAUAGUGAAGAGGCUAAAUGAGCAGCAGAAUGACUGAAUCAGCGAUUCCGCAUGAUAUGACUGAAAAUGUGACUAUCAUUUAACAACUCAGUUUCUCGUGGAAGCCUUUGUAAAUAUGUGUACAUUCAGGGUGAAAGCUGAUGCGAAGAGGAGAAAUAAAUACCGAGGCAUCUUUCUGAGAGCCUGCUCACAAA